GUGGUUGUGACCCCGGCUUCGUUCUCCACUCGUCCUCUCAAGGCUUAUGCUCUGUUUCACUGAUGCAGGUAAUUGAGGUUAUAGUGGGCAUCUCUGCUGUAUUUGGAGGAAUUAUUUCUCUCAAUUUGGGCGCUCUGCUCCCAGAACCAUACCUCUCUGUCACUUUCUUCUGGAUUCAGGUAGCUUGUUUUCCCAGUGCCAUUGCCAGCCAUGUGGUGGCAGAAUACCCCAGCAAGGGUCUGGUGGAAAUGCUGAUUGCUAUAAGUAGUGUGACCUCACCACUCCUUUUCUCAGCCUCUGGAUUCUUGUCUAACAGCGUGAUCAAUUUUAUAGAGAUCUUUCUGCAUGAACUACCAUUAGCGAAACAAUCAUAUGACAUACUGCAGCUUGUUCUGAUGGGGCUACUGCUGGUGCAGGCACAAGAGCCGUCUCUGCAUGGGAGCAACUGAAUGGGAUGCAAGACAUUGUAAGCAACAGACGUCAAAUGGCACACUCGGUAAGUUUGACAAAGACAAGGCAUGGAAAGCAGUGGUGGUCCAAAUGGCCCAGUAAGCAAAGAUACAUGAAUCAGAAGGCA